AUGCAGCACCUGAGUGGAGGUGGGGGCGGGGUGAGUGCGAGUGGGAACUGGGGGUCGACUUCGGCCGGUCACCGGAAGCGCGCACCCAAGACAGCAACAGGCGAGAACAAGGUGUACGUGCUUGCAAACGAGCAGGCGGUCAAACGUCAGCGAAGCACCGCGCCAAGUUCGGCUGCGCAGUCUCCAGCCGUCGGGUUCGAUAUGAACACCAUCCGCCCAAUGUCGGAUGUGCGAGGAGGCUCGGCCUCGGGCUCGCGGCGGAACUCUCCCAGCCCAUCACUAGGUAGCUCAGACGAGGACGAGCAUGCGCACGAGCACGACGACAGCACGCACCUCGACAAGCCCGCGCAUUCGGUGUACCACGAGUUGGCGAACCGGUCCAUCUUCAGUAUUGCGGGCGUCAUGGACCGAGAGCAGGGCGUCGACGAGAGUCCCACAAACACCAUGGAGCGCAAGGACGACCUAAUUGGACUAGGCAUCCUGUCGAUGGACGAGUGCGACUCGCUCUUCCAGCACUACUUUGACCAGCUGCAGACGUGUGUCUGCCUUCUCGACCCGGCCAUCCACACCGCUGCAUACACGCGGCAGGCGAGCCUUGAGCUCUUCACUGCUGUGCUCACUGUUGCGUCCAAAUUCUUCCGGCCCGAACUGUACGAGACGGUAUUAGCGUUCUCGAACCGCCUGGUGUCGACUGCCAUCGCCGAAUGUGUAGCGACAAUUGAACUCGCCCAAGCCAUCUGCAUCCUGCAUUACUGGAAGAAGCCGACGGACGGGCGCGGCUGGCUGCGCCUCGGCCACGCCAUCCGUCUCGGAUACCAGCUAGAUUUGCACCUCCCACCACGCCGACCACUACCAGCCGACGAACGUGAGGCGCGCCUCGCCAUCGACCGCGAGCGCACGUGGAUCUCGCUGUUCUGCUUCGACUCGACAGCGACCCAGCUCUCCGACCGCCCCAGCAUGAUGCACAAGGCACCCGACGUCACCGAGUGGAUCCGCACUAUCCCCUACCCCCUCCCGUCGGACGGCCAGCUCGACUUUGCCGUCAAGGCGUCUCUCCUCCAAUCCGAGGUGCGGCAGCUCCAGAGUUGUCGCAGCAGUUACGAGGUGCUUCGCUCGGGGCUGAGACGCGUGCUCGAGGACCUGCACCGCUCGCACGACUUCCUCCGCUCAGACAAAUACGCCGUGACGCUGACGUCGACGAGUGUGAGCAUCAACAACUUCUCCACACUAGCAGUCCAGCUGCUGGUCGAAUGCACGUCGCUGGCAUUAGCACCGCGCAAGCACCGCAUCGGGCUGCUGCACUCGUGCGUAGGCACGAGCCUUAAGCUGCUCGACAUUGUCGUCGAUGGCUUCGGACGCAAGGGCAUCAUGCCAAUGAUCGAGGACGCGCACUCUGUCGCUGUCGCGUCAACGGUCGUGCGCCUCAUCCGCUUCAUGGCGUACCUCGACGCGUCAGCCAAAGCCAGCGUCCUGCGCAAACUGACCAAGGUCGUGAUAGUAUGCAGAGAGGCGGCGCGCGGCGACCAUUCCAGCCAUCCGGCAUAUUUAGCACGCUUCAUCCACGCUUUGCUGGACAAGGCGCACCAGAGCCGCCCGCCCAAGACCACUCCCGAUGCGUGGUGGGACGAAGUAGGCCAGUUUGCCUACCAGGAACCAUUACAACCGGAACAAGUCAACUUCUGGGACGGCUUUCCAUUACUCGCUGGCGCCAUGCACUCGCUCGGUGCACAGCCUCCCCCGCCUCCCCACAACAGCGUGCAGAUGCCUGUCGACCAGCUCGAUCCCGCUGCCUUUGGUCUGGCAUGGGACGCGGAAUGGGACGUCAACUUCCUUGGUCUGCAACAUGCCCCGUCCAUGUGA